GAGUCGUGGCGAGCGAGCGUAUCUUGCGUGAGGGGGCGCCGCGCUUCUCCCCGUCGGCAGGGAGGCGGGGUCCGAGGCGCCCCAGCGCGCAGGCGCCGACCUCAUGCUGAGCAACUUGUCUCGCGCCGUGGCCCGCGCCGCCGUCCGCUGCGUUCGUACCCCCCGGCCACCCGAGGCUCGCACCGCCGCCACCGCAGCCGCCAUGUCCCGGGCCUCAGGCUCCCCUAUCCGGCCCGCCACCGUGCUGGGCACCAUGGAGAUGGGGCGCCGCAUGGACGCGCCCGCCAGCGCCGCGGCAGUGCGCGCCUUCCUGGAGCGCGGCCACACUGAGCUGGACACGGCCUUCAUGUACAGCGACGGCCAGUCCGAGAGCAUCCUGGGCGGCCUGGGGCUCGGGCUGGGCGGCGGCGACAGCAAAGUGAAAAUCGCUACCAAGGCCAAUCCCUGGGAAGGGAAGUCGCUGAAGCCUGAUAGCCUCCGGUCCCAGCUGGAGACGUCACUGAAGCGGCUGCAGUGUCCGCAUGUUGACCUCUUCUAUCUACAUGCACCGGACCACGGCACCCCUGUGGAAGAGACACUGCGUGCCUGCCACCAGCUGCACCAGGAGGGCAAGUUUGUGGAGCUUGGCCUCUCCAACUAUGCCGCCUGGGAAGUGGCCGAGAUCUGUACCCUGUGCAAGAGCAACAACUGGAUCCUGCCCACCGUGUACCAGGGCAUGUACAACGCCACUACCCGGCAGGUGGAGACAGAGCUCUUCCCCUGCAUCAGGCACUUUGGACUGAGGUUCUACGCCUACAACCCUUUGGCUGGGGGCCUGCUGACCGGCAAGUACAAGUAUGAGGACAAGGACAGGAAGCAACCUGUGGGCCGCUUCUUUGGGACCAAUUGGGCAGAGAUCUACAGGAAUCGCUUCUGGAAGGAACACCACUUCAAGGCCAUUGCCCUGGUGGAGAAGGCCCUGCAGGCUGCGUAUGGCCCCAGCACCCCCAGCAUGACCUCGGCCGCCCUCCGGUGGAUGUACCACCACUCACAGCUCCAGGGUGCCCACGGGGACGCGGUCAUCCUGGGCAUGUCCAGCCUGGAGCAGCUGGAACAGAACUUGGUGGCCACUGAAGAAGGGCCCCUAGAGCCAGCCAUCGUGCAGGCCUUUGAUCAGGCCUGGCACCUGGUUGCCCAUGAAUGUCCCAGCUACUUCCGCUAGGCCCCAACACAGCUCAAGCUGCCCAAGAUUUCUUCCUUUUCUGUCACCUCUUCUACUCUCUCCCCCUGGCCGGUCUUUGCCUUAAGCUGAUUUAGCAUGGUCUUUCUCCAUUGUCUGGAUCCAUGCAUUAUUUUUCUAGAUCCCUGCCUCACUCCCAGUUGCCUUCACAAUGUGUAAAGGCUGGGGCUGAGCCCCAUUCAUGCAUUUCCCAUCUGAAUAAAGCAGGCACUUGACCUGGCUGUAGCCCAGGCCCAGAGUGAAGCCCACA